UCCACAGUGCAUGCAGCAGAAACCUACUGCUUUAUAGUGAGACUUCGACUGUACACAAAGAUAAUGGCAUAUUUUAAUUUACUUUUACCUUUGGCUUUAGGCUGCAUCUUUCAUCCAUGUUUUUCAACCAGUGAAGUCCCAACUUUCAACUCCUCAUCCCUCAGAGAAUUGCUUAUCUCAUCUCACCAUGAAAGCCUUCAAAUUGUAGAUAAUGCCUUACACCGCUCCAUACACAGACGAAGCACAUCCUCACACUCCAAGCAGGGGUUUAAAUUUCGUUUGCCAGCUGAGCCUGAAACCCAGGAGAUUUCCCGAGCUGGAGAGGUUUUUCAAACAGCCCUGCAAGUCAUCAAGAACAGAGCAAAACGGGAAUGUAAAAUGAAUGUCACAGCAUCAGAGCUGUUAUCAGUGGAGGAUGUGGAGCUGCUUGCAGAGCUGUCUCAGUGUCCCACUGUAAUACAUGCCGAUGUCUGUGAGCAGAGUCGCCACAGCAAAUACCGCACGAUAUCAGGAGUCUGCAACAACCAGCAAAAUCCUCGCUGGGGAGCAGCUAACACUGCCUUGGUCAGAUGGCUUCCAGCUGAAUAUGAAGAUGAGGAGGGAGAACCCAAGGGUUGGAACCGAGAACGGCACCAUAAUGGAUUCCUACUUCCCCCGCCUCGGAGGGUCAGCAGGGAAAUAAUAAGGAGCUCCUGUAAAUGGACAGAUGAUGACUACUCUCAGCUCCUGGUGGAGUGGGGCCAGUACAUUGAUCACGACAUAACCUUUACACCUCAAAGCACCAGCAGAGCUGCUUUUUGGACAGAUGUAAACUGUCACGAGACGUGUGAAAAUGUGCAUCCAUGCUUUCCCAUCAAGACUGAAGACUCACUCUGCAUGCCUUUCCAUCGCUCAACACCGGACUGCCAUGUCAGUUUUGGGUCUGGCAUACAACAAGCUGUGCAGAGACAACAGCUGAAUGCCAUUACAUCUUACAUUGAUGCUUCACUUGUGUAUGGUCACACUCCACAGCUAGAGAGCUUUCUUCGUGACCUCUCUGGCCUCAACGGGAAGCUUGCUGUCAACGACCAAUUCAGAGAUCCAAAUGGAAGAGCUUAUCUUCCCUUUGUAGCCAAGACGCCUUCAGCAUGCCGCAUGGAUCAGAAGGGGGAGAGAGUGGAGUGUUUCAGUGCUGGAGACAGCCGGGUCAAUGAAGGUCUGCCCCUGAUCACUUUGCAUACACUGUGGCUCCGGGAACACAAUCGAAUUGCAGAAGCACUGAAGAAAAUCAAUGAUCACUGGAGCCCUGAGACCAUAUACCAAGAAACCCGCAAGAUUAUAGGCGCUCUGCACCAGAUCAUAACCAUGAGAGAUUAUAUCCCAAAGAUUAUUGGCCCAGAGUCAUUUGAGCAUUACAUUGGCCCCUACAGGGGAUAUGAUCCAUCAGUGGACGGCUCAGCCUCCAAUGUGUUUGCCACAGCUGCAUUCAGGUUCGGUCAUGGCACCAUCCCCCCAAUCCUCAGCAGACUGAAUGAGAGCUUCCAGGAGCAUGAGCACUUCUCUCACUUGAGACUUCACAAGUCCCUCUUCAGUCCUUGGAGAAUAGUAAAAGAAGGUGGGAUUGAACCAACAAUGCGAGGCAUGAUCGGAACUGCAGCACCAGCUGUUAAUGCAAACAUGCUGUUGGUAGAGGAGGUAACAGAGAGACUGGUUGUCCUCGAUACACCACAGCAUAUGGAUCUGGCUUCCCUGAACCUGCAGAGAGGCCGAGACCAUGGCCUCCCAGGCUACAAUGCGUGGAGGGAAUUCUGUGGACUGACACGUAUUAAAACACUGAAUGAUCUGACAGAGGUUGUGAGAGACUACCAGGUUGCUGAGAAAGUACUAAAUAUGUACAAACAUCCUGAUAAUAUUGAUGUCUGGCUUGGAGGACUUGUUGAAAACUUCCUGCCUGGCUCAAGAAUUGGUCCUCUCUUUGCUUGUUUGAUCGGAAAGCAGAUGAAGGCACUCCGUGAUGGUGACAGGUUUUGGUGGGAAGCUGAGGGUAUUUUCAACCAACAGCAGAAGGAUGAGCUUUUGAAAGUUUCCCUGUCUCGCGUCAUCUGUGACAACAGCGACAUAUGGGAAAUCCCUCUGGAUUCUUUCAGAUUUGGGAGAUACCCCAACGAUUAUGUCUCUUGUAAUAAUAUACCACUGAUGAAUCUGGAAGCUUGGCGAGAGGCGAAGAGUCCCGAAUUACAACAGUGUAGCUCACCAAGACGGAUAAUGAAUGGGGAUUAUAUAUUGUCCUCCAAAUCUGGAAAACUCAUUGCACUGUACUCCUGUUACCAUGGUUUCAAAUUAGAGGGUGCUGCUGAAAUGGUUUGCGAUGGAAAUCAAUGGCGUGGCAAACCCCCUCACUGUACAGGUUUUCUUCUACAGAAACAUCCUUGACUUGAUUACAACGCUGGAGAACCAGAAAUGAUGUCAUAUAACCCAACUCAGGGAAACAUAUUAAUGCUUCAUUUGUCUGUAUGAUGUUCUGUUGAUAUGUUGUCGUCUUUUUAUUUUCUCCAGAUAUAAACUUAAUCUAGAGUUUUAUGAAUGCACAUCUCAAAUCUUAUACCCUGAGACUUAUUUUCUUUCAUUAAUUGUACAAAUUUGAAUUUUAUUUAAUGAAAAUAAAUAAAGUUGUAAAUGCAAGCAGUUUUAUCAGGCUAUUUCACACUCAACUUUUAUAUUUCUAAAUGCCCCUUUUCUUCCUUGUAGCCUACAUUGUACUCAGAAAAAAAUAAUAUCAAUAUCAGAACUUAUAAAUGGGUAGUAGACUGGUUGUUUUUUACAAAAAGUUUUUGCCAAAAAAUGAGUAAAAAAUUAGCAGAAUGUUGAUCGGAAGAAAUACUGCAGCCAUGGGUACGGAAGACGAGGGUACGGGCCAAUGCAGAAUACUUAAUUCGCCCAUAAGAGAGAAUCUUGGAGAAUUCCUUUUUUUUCCCUGGAAGCCUAUAGUACAAAAACAGAUGUACAUACAAGUGAGAUGAAGUUGAUGAUACAAAACAUGAAAAAUGUUCAAUUAACCAAGUCAAAGUAAAUUCAUUGCAGCUUCUCAAAAUAUUUGAAUUUUUCCAUCAAACUUGUCUGAAUUGGUUUCUAAUAUUUUAAUUUCCUUCAAACCUUAUGAGAUGGUAAAAGAAACUCUUGAGAUGGGAAAUAGCUAAAGAUUUAAACAACCUUGUCCUGACCUUGUGUUGUUAUUACCUUUGUGUACAACUGUUUGUCUGUGUUCAUGUACAUGGAAGAAAAUAUAGAAGAAAUACUUAUGAUGUUUAAAAGAAGCCAAACUUGUUUGUUUAAGUCUAAUAAAUUCAAUA